AUGCAUCUGUGCGUCCGCAUGCGGUGUGCUCUGAGGAGUCUCUUCAUUCUAAGCCUUUUUUUGGUACUUGCGACUGCGAAAGUUUUCGCGGAACGACUUAUGGCCGGGUGGGAUCCAUUCGCAGUGGCGGAAGAAGAGGGGUUAUUGAAACAAUUAAACAGCCUGCCGCAGUUUAACGCCAAAAGCUGGUUGAAGGAAGGUGCCUCUUCCCGUGGCGGCAAACCGACUGUUCCCGUCAAUACGCAGGUUGUUGUUAAUGUGCCGACAGCCACUGGGGAGCGACGAUUUGUGCUCUAUGUUCCCGAUUCUUACAUGCAAAACGGCAAUUCAACGGCCGCGCUUCAACUUUACUUUCAUGGCCUAAAUGACCAGUGCGACAGGUUUUUGAAUGCCAUAAAUGUCAUUGAGCACGCGAAGAAAACAGGAUUUGUACUGGCAAGUCUCUGCGGCUCCGAGGGAGCUAUCGGGACCGCGUGGAACGCCGGUACCUGCUGCGGCUUCUUCUCGGAGAAGCAACCCGACGACUUUGACUUUGCCGAGAAAGUUGUAGAGUCUGUUUCAUCCAGUUUGGGUGUUCAUUUCACAAGAGUGAUGGCUGUUGGCUUCAGCAAUG